AUGACAACAAAUUGUCCAUCUUUUGUUCGACAUCAAUCACUUGAAGCAACUCAAGUUAUUCCGUUAUUCGAUUCAACUACAACAACAUUUACAUCGACACCGCCGUUUAAACCCAAAGCUGGCGAAGUUUAUGUCAUGAAACUCGAUAUUGGCCAUGAAAAUGAUUGGCGCAGUGAUGGCUAUCGAUGGGUUCAGAUAGCUGCCCGACGUUUACCAACUCAUAAUCCCGUCAUAAAGAAGUGCUAUUUCCAUGCGGGACAAAAAAACAAGAAGAAAAGCAAAGAUUUUGAAAAGCAAGCAUUCGUCUCAUUGGUUGAUCCAUCCAAAGUCGUCGUACAAUAUCUUGGUGACGAAAACGUCGCCGAAGAAUUUCCACAUGGAAAUUCGAAGAAGAAUACCAAACCAUUCUUUCGCACGCGUCCAUCGUUAUUAAACAAACUGAUAUCGGAGGCAGCGACCAACGCCGAAACAUCGCAAAUCUUCAAGCAAUAUACGUCGAAUAAUUCCAAUGAGCAGGAUGAUGUUGACGAGGAUGACGAUGAUGAUGAAGGUUCAACAGUUAAUAAUUCUAUGGAAGCAGAAGAAACAGUCGACGAUACCGAUCAGAAAAAAUCAUCAAUAAUUAAAAAUGAACCGAAAAAGCCAAAAGUUGGCCCCGAAGUUCUAUCACAACCACGUAAUAUCGAACAGAUCAGAAAUGUGAAACGACGUUUAGCCCGUCGUCUAGUUGCAUCAGCUGAUGAAAUUUCGGAAUUGUAUCGUUUUGCGCGUGAAACGCCCAACUACAUCGUUCGUUUUACCCUAAUACCAAAUAUCGUUGCGAUUGCCUUUUCCAAUGAAUCAAUGCAUGAAUUUAACCUCCUAUUAGAUCAUCCUGAUCUGCUAUCCCAACAACAAGUUCUUAUUACAUUCGAUUCGGCAUACACUAUCAAUGCUUUUCAUGUGACUUGCGUAUUCUACCGACAUAUUGCAAUGAAAGAAGAACCAUGUAUUUUGCUUGGUUGUGCAUUGCAUAAUCGUCGUUCGGAUGAUGUUUAUGAAUAUAUUUUAACACAUUUAAAACAACAAUGUCCAAAUAUUGAAUCGCGUUGCUUAUUUAUUAUUGACAGUGAAGGAAAUACGCUGAAAAAUAAUUAUUUAUCAAUCUUUCUCCCACACUUACGUAUUAUACACACAUGGAAUUAUGUUUUCUCACAAUUGCGUGCUUGGUUGUUACAGAAUGGUCGAACACAGGCUGAUUAUCAAUUUUAUAAUGCCGAAUUGAAAUCGUUAUUGUUGUGUGCUGAUCUGUUGACAUUCACGCGCUUAUACGAUCGAUGUAAAUCCAAUUGGACACAAGAAUUUCGAACAUACUUCGAGCAAAUUAUUUUACCAUUAGUUGAUACUGAUCUCGGCUCAUGGGUAUUGAAGAAAUAUGACUUAUUCGAUGCUUAUUCAGGAAUCAAAGGACUUGCAGCACAAUUACGUGAUUGGCGUGAAUCUCGUUUUGAUAGUGGUGCAAUGGCAUUCUACUGGCUACAAAUGUAUUUUGUUCAACAAAUACGAAAAUCUUAUUCUCGUCUUGGUGGUAUUUAUGUAUUAAAAUCAGGUAUCUAUGAAAAAUGGGCGAUCACUGCCGUCACAUCGAGUGCUGCUCAUGAACCAAUAAAAGCGUUAGUACCUGAGAAGAUUGUUGAACAUGUACGAGCGAAAGUGAUAAUUUCAUCUGUGCAUCAUCCUCAUUUGCAAGCAAAACGUAGCGGUGAACAACAAAUUUUAACUUUAUCACCUGUAAAAAGACUUAAAACGACAACAUUCGAUGGUACUCAACAUCAUCAUCACCAACCGUGUAUCAUUGCUACCACAACAACAACACCACAUCAAGUCACGACAGCUGAUCUGAAAGCAACAUUACUCGCUGCAGCGGCAGCUGCUCAACAACAACAACCGAGAACGAUGACUAUUCGUCGUAUUGCGGCAACGACCAGUCCACAACAUCAACAACAGCAGCAACAAACAACAUUUCGACUCACCACUGCACCAUCAACAUCAUCUUCACAGCAGCCACAACAAUUCAUCAUCACAACAGCCGGCACCGCACUACCAUUAGCUCAAGCAACCACAACAGCGACAGGACUGGUGGAUGAUGGAUCGAUGUACGAUGAUGGCACAGGGGAUUUAAGUGGCUGUUUAGUGACAACUUCAUCCCAAUCAUCAAAUUCCACUGCAGCACAAACACGUUCAUCCUACGUUCGUCCGUCGUUACCGACCAAUGUUCUUCGUUUGACAGUUGUACGCAAAUGA